AUUCGGAGACACUACAGCUCACGGUAUUGGUGGCUAGCUUCCUUCUUAUUAGUCGGAGGCUUAUUAGUCGCCAGGUUCAAGGAGCAAUUUACUUUGGUAGACGAUGAAUAUCAUGAAACCCGACAUUCAUCUGGUGGAGAAUUCAUCAUGUAUCGACGUCUUAUCUUCGUCCCAUGAUAAUAGGAUAGCAGUUGCUACGGAUAAAUAUGUCUAUGUUUUGGAGCAAACCUUUAACCCCUCUUUCAGAUUUGACUUUCUGAACUUCUCCAAGGAAAUAGUGAAGGAUACGAAAGAGGAUCAUCAGUUUUAUGAUGUUGGAGUCGAGACUGCAGAGAUCAAGAAACUUCCUAAAGGAUCAUAUAUCCAGCAGCGGUUCGCUUUGAAUGGAUUAUUGUUGGAAGGAGAUGCAGUAUCUCCUUAUUCAGAACAAUUCAAAACUGUCAAGUUCUCUCCAGUGUCUGAUUACCAAGAGAGGAGCCUCUUGGCAACAUUAUCACGUGAUAACAGGGUUGUAGUCUACUGCACUGGAAAAGGACAAGGUUUCAUUAAGGUGGAAAAUCUAUCAGAUAAAUUGUAUGAGUACGCCAAGAAGACGAACUUCACCCUGAGCUCAGAUGGGGAGGAGGAAAAGGAAGUAGCGACAAACAAGGAAACAAGCACUGACUUUGUGGAAUGUCAGAGAAGAACAAACUCUGUGAGCGUUACUGGUAUAGCGUGGUCUGGAGUGCUCACUUCAUCCGUUAAGAAGCCCCUACCAACAAGAGGCAAGAGCAAUGCCAAGAGGAAGCGCCCGGACAACGAUGCUGAAACCUCAACCAACGAUUUCAUUCUCCUGGCAACAGCCCUCAAAAGCAACCAUGUUGUCCUGUGGAAGUUCCCCUGCCCUGUCAAUGAGAAAAGCACUUCUCAGUUAGCUGCAGUCAUCCGUCCUGAUGAUCGUACGUCAGCCAUGCAUUGGUGUGUUAGGGAGAAAAAUGAAAAAGCUUACCUAGCAACUGGUGGAUGCGAUGGUAGGAUAUCAGUGUGGAGCGUUUCGCCGGAGGGAGACGUGACUGGACAUAGAGAACUUGAUGUAUGGAAGGAGACGGACGAUAUACUAGUUCAAGCAUUGACUUGGGUUCAGGCACUUUGUACUGGUGACUCAUUUGUGCUCCUUGCUGCCAAAGGCCCAUGUGUGUUUGUCUUCCAGAUACACCUGAUGAAUGGGAACAUGGAAAUUGCACACCAGUCUCAUACUUUGACAAAGCAUUCUGCUCUGGUUUCAGGUAUGUGUAACAUCAGAGAUAAAGUGUAUACUUCUUCGGUUGAUGGCAGCAUACAGGUCGCUCAGGUCAAGCAAGACAAUGGUAUCUCGGUAGAUCUUCAUUUGCUGGAACGCCCUAAAUAUAUGACAACGAGAAUAAAUGGGAUGUCAGCAUCAACCAAUGGUGUCUACCUCACAACUGUCAAUAGGCACUCCAGCUAUGCGACACAUAUAGAGAAAUCCAAUCUGAAAUUCCUUCAGAUAGCGACGGAUCAAGAGGCAGAGCAGAUGCUGAUGGAACCUCAAGGCAGGCUAUGCUUUAAGUUUGACUGCCUUGACUGGCUCUACCAAAGGUUGACUCCAGAGGGCGCUCUUCAAAAUACCACCGUAACCAUCCUCUCCGACGAUGCGUUGGCCGACAAGUCCCCGAGCGAGAUUCUGUACCUGUUGAAGCUGAGACGCCUUGUCGUGAUGAUGAUAGCGCACAGGAUAUCCUGUGAGAUCAACAACUCACGAGGGAGAAAGAGAGAUACCCUCGAAGUUAUGAUUAAGAUAAAUGAAGGUCAUGUGAAGGAAAUCUCAGAUCGUAUUUUCCAGCUGCAUAUAGAGAAAAGCUUGGAAACGCUGGCAUCAGCUGACACGAGGAAAAAAGUCACAGGGAGAGCCAAACGUGUUCAGAAGCUAAUGUCUGAUUGGCUGGUGCUAAAUGAAUCACGUUCUAAAGCACCAAUCACAGAAAGUGGCUCAGUGGAUGGGGAUGCGUGUGAGAGUUGCAGAUUGUGUGGAGAGAGUAUUCCACUCACAUCACGAGAAGAUGGCUCCUGUCAUAAUGGACACAGAUGGAAGCGAUGUAGCUUUUCUUUGCUGCUGUGUCAGACAUUGAAACCAGGAAGCUGUGCCUACUGCAGAACUUGUUAUGCAUCCAAGGACGAAACAGACAGCACCUGGCUUCAUAGUCUUCUUAGCUCUCAUUGCCUGUGGUGCGAUGGACCUCUUACGGACAGAUGACAUCAUCAACUCAUAAUGACAAUACAUCGGUGCUUUAACCCAACGACUGCUGAAUUCUCUAAUCCCCAUAGGCUUAACACAGGGACCUCCUGGUACUCGUAGGCAAUGGGUUAAUUCAGUAUUUUGCUCAGUGACUAUUGUUAAAGACUAAAAUGGUGAAAUCUUGUUAUAAACUCCUUGGAAGCAAGAAAAUGUCAUUAUAUUGAAAUCGUGUUGUAUAAAGGGCU